AUGGCCAUUAUUAAGUUGGAAUCAUCAGACGGUGAAAUAUUUGAUACUGAAAUCGACGUGGCCAGAUGCUCCGGCACUAUUAAAACCAUGUUGGAUGAUUGUGGUAUUGAAGAUGACGAUGGUGGUGCCACUGUACCACUUAAAAAUGUGAACUCAUACAUUUUACGUCGAGUUUUAGAAUGGGCAAAACAUCAUCAUAACGAUAAACCUGUCGAUGAUGAUGAAAACAAGGAAAAGCGCACCGAUGAUAUUUCAGCAUGGGAUGCUGAUUUUUUGAAAUGUGAUCAAGGCGUAUUAUUUGAUUUGAUUCUGGCUGCCAAUUACUUGGACAUCAAAAGCUUGCUUGAUGCCGGCUGCAAAACGGUUGCCAAUAUGAUAAAAGGCAAAACACCCGAAGAAAUUCGCAGUACAUUCAACAUCAAGAAUGACUUUACAUCGGCCGAAGAAGAACAGGUUCGCAAAGAGAACGAAUGGUGCGAGGAAAAAUAGACAACACCAAUGACUCAUCUUACUCUGGCUACCAUCAAUGUUAAAUCAAUUUCGACUCUUUCUUGUAUUUUAUGGAAAAUAAUAAAAACAAAUGUAUUUAAGCGUAUUUAACUGAAAAUGGAAAAUAAAUUCUGAACAAUUACUCGAAA